CCUCGCCUGCUUCUUCCUAGAUCUUGAGGUUUUCCUGUCUUCUCCUCUAGAAGCUGGCCUUUGGCUGUUUGUUUAAUUUCUCCCUUGGAAAUCUUCCAAAAGAAUAGUGUCAAAUCCUGAAUCUCUCUCUCUCUCUCUCUCUCUGCUUCUUGCUUUGAUCCUCAUUAUCUGGUUUUGUAAUGUUUGACAUUCAUGUCUCCAGUCAUUAGUGAAAUCCUCCGUUCGGGGAUUAUCGUAGACUCCUCCCUUAGGCGCAUGAGCCACCUGGUUCAGUCUUUCUCCGUCGUCUUCCUCCACUGGUUCUAUGUCUUCUCAUGAACCGCUUACCGUUGCCAUGUAUUACCGUACUAAAGUAUAUAUAACCUCAUAUUGUUAAGCUUUCAGAGUUAUCUUUGUGUACUUUGUUUUGCAAGUUAAAUUAUCUCGCAGAAUUGGAGAAGCAGCACGUACGUCGUCCGGUGUAAUUAAGCAGUCGAAAACAUGAUGGGCUCGCGGAGCGGGAAUUCGUUCUGGUCCUACACCAGAUUCCAGAAUUUAGGAUCUGAAGAGGAGUUGCAGGUUGAGAUGUUAGAAAGAAAGAGGAAGAGGAUGGAAGCGAAUAGGGAAUCGGCGAGGCGAUCCCGGAUGCGAAAACAGAAGCACCUGAACGAUGUGGCGGCACAAGUGGCGACGCUGCGAAAGGAAAACAGCGAGCUCGUCGCCAGCAUAAACAUGGCAACGCACCUGUUUCAGAAUGUGGAGGCGGAGAAUAGCAUUCUGAGGGCGCAGAUGGCUGAACUUACCCAGACGCUUCGAUAUCUGAAUCAUAUCAUCGACCUGGUCAGCACGAGAACAAGAAGCACAAGCGAGGCAUUGAAUUUCGCGUUGUGCCAUAAUCAACACAUAAUGGCUUGUGCAGACAUGUUUCAGUGGUGAAAAUAUGUGCAUCGUGGGGUUCAAGUGUGGCUGUGGGGUUUUGUUAUGGGGCUUUAUCUGUAAUUUUUCUUCUUUUCAGGUCCUUCGUUGUUUAUAAUUAGCUAAAGGGUGCGAGGGAUGGCAAGCAAGCACGACAUCACAGUCACUGGUGUUUCAGAAGAAGAAAAGGGUUGUGAGUGCAUAAAUUUAAAUAUAUAUACACACGAUGCGUCGCUGGCUGGAUCACAAGUCAUGAACUUUGCUAAUCUCUAUCUGGUCUAUGUAUAUGUAAAUAUAUAUUGUCUUGGCCUUUUCAAUGUAAAUUACCUUCCCGGAUGUGUGUCUGGAUGUUUUCGUGAGGGAAAAGAACAACUGCUUUGAUGGUUAAUCUAUUGUAACCCUUUUGUACUUCAAGGCCUUGGCUUGCCUUUUCUAAGGGAGAAAAAUGUAAAUUA